GAGAAGCUAACUCAAAAAUUUCCGCAAAAAAGCAGGAAAAUUCAGAGAAAGCAGAAGAAAUCUAGCAAUGGAUGUGAUCAAAACGCAGCAAAUCUCAUCGAGGCCGAUCGAAAAGGUGAUAGUUCACCCGCUGGUUCUGCUCAGCAUCGUCGACAACUACAACAGGGUCGCCAAAGACAGUCGCAAGCGCGUCGUCGGAGUUCUGCUCGGCUCGUCGUUCAAAGGCACCGUCGACGUCACCAACAGCUACGCCGUGCCCUUUGAAGAGGAUGACAAGGACCCAAGUAUCUGGUUUCUUGAUCACAACUACCACGAAGCCAUGUAUUCCAUGGCAAAGAGAAUAAAUGCUAAGGAGCAUGUUGUGGGAUGGUACAGCACAGGGCCCAAAUUGCGAGAAAAUGACUUGGACAUUCACGGUUUAUUUAAUGACUAUGUUCCAAAUCCUGUCUUGGUCAUUAUAGAUGUCCAACCUAAGGAGCUGGGAAUACCCACAAAAGCUUACUGUACUGUUGAAGAGGUUAAAGAGAAUGCUACCCAGAAAAGUCAGAAGGUGUUUGUUCAUGUGCCUUCUGAAAUUGCUGCCCAUGAAGUUGAGGAAAUUGGAGUGGAACACUUGCUUAGAGACGUAAAGGAUACAACCAUCAGCACUCUUGCAACAGAGGUUACAGGGAAACUCACAGGUUUGAAGGGAUUGGAAGCAAGACUUAAAGAGAUUCGGGGUUAUCUCGACCUUGUUAUUGAUGGCAAGCUCCCAUUAAACCACGAGAUAUUGUACCACCUACAGGAUGUGUUCAAUCUACUUCCAAAUCUUAAUGUUUCUGAUUUGGUCAAGGCCUUUUCAGUGAAAACAAAUGAUAUGAUGUUGGUUAUUUAUCUUUCAUCCCUCAUCCGAAGUGUUAUCGCUCUUCACAACUUGAUCAACAACAAGAUGCACAAUAAGGAGCACGAAAAGGCAGAAGACUCUAAACAAGUUGCUGUAUCAGCUGCCGCUGGAAGCUAGAAGUAUUUAAAUUUCGCUCGGACUUUAGAGGGGCGUCAUCUGUUGGACGAAGAUAACCGAUGCGCUUGAUGGAUUUUGAGUUUGAUUUGGAGGGAUGCAUAGGACAUGCCUCCUUAGCAAUCAACCUAAUCUUUAGCUAUGCCCCAGACGCUGCUCACUUCCUUUCGAACAUAUGAUUUCCGGGUUCUCGAGCGAUAAUGGAGAUACUUGUCUUGUAUUCUAAAAUUUCCGUUGAUUUCCUUCUUUUUCCUUUGUUGACGCCUUGUUCCAUCCGUGUUAGUAACCUAAUGAAAUUGGAACCGAAAUAUCGAUCCUUGAUUUUCCGUUCA